CAUCAACCAAAUGUUCGCUUACGACGCUUACAAAAAGAGCAAGGAAAGAAAAGAAGGUACAAAUCCUGGAGCUGGAGAGUUUCGAAAACUGUCAACGGAUUCAGACAGAACGCCACUCGGCAUUGAUAUGGAUCCAAAGGGAUUGGAGAGGAAACCAACGUUUUUAGAGGUCAAAGACAAGAAGGCAGCUAGGAAGCAGUUGGUCGUGCUUUUGAUCUCGUUGAUUGUCGAUGUCGUCCUACCUCUUGUUCUAUACUAUAUCCUCAAGAACUACGUAUCCUUAAUAGCGGCAUUGCUCAUUUCCAGUGCUCCACCAGCGAUCAGUGUUGUUGUCAAGGCGAUUAUCUUCAAAAGAGUGGAUCCACUUGGUAUCAUUAUUAUCUUCGGUUUCGCCAUCUCGGCCAUCAUUUCCGUGGUCAAUGGAGAACCUCGUGUCCUGUUGCUUAGAGAAUCGGUCGUUACGGCAGCAACAGGCCUUCUCUUUCUACUCAGUUUGAUUCCAUUCAAGAUUGGCCGGUUUCAGAACAGACCUCUGAAUUACGGUGUUACAGCUCAAAUGCUGGCUGUGACUCCUCCUAUUCAGUACUUCAGAUAUGGUGAGAUGGUGGAAAAGAGCCGCGCAGAGUUCUGUUGGGAGUUCAGCCCUAUCUUUCGAAAAUCAAUGCGGAUCGGCACUUUAUUGUGGGGUCUGGCGCUCGAAGCUGAAUUCACAGCCAAACUUAUCAUGUACUUCAGCUCCAUCACCAUCGAUCAAUUUGUCCUCUACGGCAAUAUCGUGAUGGGUGUGGUAUUUGGUACUAUGACCAUCUUCACCGUUUUUCACUCCCGACGCACACGCAUGCAGGUGGGUCUUCAGAUGGAAGACAUCAAGAGGCAACUCGAUGAUGAUGCCCGCGAAUACCAAGCUGAGCAUGCGCCAUACGCUCCAGAGUUCAACACAGUCUAGCUGUAGAUUAGUGCAUAGGAAAGUGCAUGCGCAG